AUGAAGCACGAGGCAUGCCACCCCGUCUCGUUGCUCCUCGCGCCCUCCUCGCGCCAACACCAAUACCUCACAUCCGCUUUCACAUCCACCGACCUUUCCACGCCUCGCCAACCUCCUACUCCGACUUUGCAAACCAGAACCACUACGAACGCCUUGGAAUCCGACACGAUAUCAUUCUACUCGCUCUCCAAAUCGCACCACCCCGACAUAAACUCCUCCCCCAACGCCUCCCAAAACUUCUCCCUCCUCUCCGAAUCAUACAAGAUCCUAUCCGACCCAUCCCGCCGCGCCCAAUACGACCGCGACGUCCUCCGCCUCCAUCACCACCACCACGGCUCAUUCAGCUCUCACCACGCAGGCGGCCGUCCCCCCUCCGGCCUGUCCAAACGAAGAGGAACGUUCCGCGGCCCCCCGCCCAGUUUCUACAGAAGCGGCGGAUGGGGCACACAGUCCGAAAAGAGGCGCAAGGCACACGAGGAAUCUACACAGAGCCAAGGCGGCAUGGGCCCGGGGUCGAAUCCGUUUCGCGCGCACAGAAAGGACGAUGAUGUGCCGCAUUUUGAUAGGGAGGCGCAUGGGCGGACGCACAGGAGGGAGGAUGAGAGGCGGUAUGAGCGGCGGAGAGCGAUGGGGGAUGAUGAUGUUGAGUUUGAGCCGCAGACGAGUUUGACGGGUCACUUUUUUAUAGUCAUGGGGAUAUUGGUGGCGACGUUUGUGGCGCCGCUUGUUUAUUUGCAGGUUGUGAGGCUGGGGAGGAGGAAACACGAGAGUUGA